UCUGAGGCUGGUCCAUCAUAAACUAGCUGUUCGAGAGGUUUUGUGACACAACGUCAUUUUGAUCCUUCCCGUCAUCUAUCUGACUUGCCAGAGUGACUGCUUUGCGGAUCAGAAGUCCAGAGCCAUUCGCGUCCACUCUGUCAUCCUGAAAAAGCGUCCGGAGAAGCUAGAAUACUUGGUCACCGCUUCCGAAUUGCCACUGAUCAGUAGUGAUCUGUAUGGUAUACAAUGCUGAGGGCGUUGGUUCAACAUAAAUGCCCAGGCUUUGCAGUAGAUGCAUCUGGGUCGGCUUUUCUCUCAAAAAAUGAUUUCAGCCAACGAAGAGGUUACGGUCUCUGUCACUUAUCGCCAUCCCAGCCCCCAUUCAAAUACAUAUUAAGUCCGUUCUCAGACCUGCGAUCCACUCUUCAUUGUCAUCCCAACCACAUCGAUUCCAACCUGUCCAUAGAUCGGUCAGGCGCAGUGCCUUAAGGGCUCUCAGUUCUUCGUCUGGUGCGCCAUUUGACGACGCUCUUGAAUCAGAAGACGAGUCAAUUGAGCAGUAUGAAGCCCGUCUGGAAGCCAGAAGACAGCAGCUGCAAGCAACUGGAGGAUCCGUUAAGAGCAGUCCCGUUUCAUCGUCAGGCAGCAUGGCGGAAGCAUUUGAAAUUACGCCUCAGACGGCCAUGGGGAUCACUGCAAUAAUCAGCAUUGGUGCUGUAGUAGCUCCCUUCUUCAUGAGCGCGUGGAACCCUGCAGCGUCGCCUCACCUGAAGGGCCUGACCUACCUGACGCUGAUCCUGGGAUUUUACAUGGCGUGGAACAUUGGCGCGAAUGACGUGGCAAACGCCAUGGGGACUUCGGUGGGCUCGGGAGCGCUGACGCUCCGCCAAGCGGUGCUAGCGGCGGCGAUUCUGGAGUUCGGCGGGGCGUUCCUGGUGGGAUCGCACGUGAGCCACACGAUGCAGAACGGAAUUAUCAAGGCGAAUGUGUUUGCUGGGAAGAACGCGAUGCUCUUCACAGGGAUGAUCUCGUCCCUGGCAGCCGCGGGGACGUGGCUUCAGGUCGCUUCGUACUUCGGCUGGCCGGUGUCGACGACGCACUGCAUCAUCGGAGCCAUGGUCGGGUUCGGCAUCAUCUUCGGCGGCUGGAAUGCCGUGUACUGGUCGUCCACUCGCUCGAGUGGUGUCAUCGUGGGUGGUCUCGCCUCUUCUCGGCGCCAGCAUCGCCUACAUCGUCUACAAAUGUAUCCGAAAGUUCGUCUACAGCUCGUCCAACCCGGGCCAGGCGGCGUCCACCGCGGCGCCCAUCCUGGUCUUCGCGGGGGUCACCGCCUUCUCCUUCUCGUCCCUCUUCACGGCCCCCAACGCCCUGCUGCGCGCGCUCGCGCUGUCCCUGGGCGCGGGGAUAGCCUCGGCGGUGGCGAUGUCAGCAGUGAUCAAGCGGCAGAUGGGCGAGCUGCUGGGGGAGUUCUGCGAGAUCCCCAAGCAGCCGGGCGAGCCCAAGCCGGAGAAGGGCCGCGGGCCCAUGGGCACCCAGCUGCGGAUUGUGUAUGGUGUCUUCGGAUACCUGCAGGUGCUCUCCGCAUGCUUCAUGUCUUUUGCUCAUGGGGCCAACGAUGUGGCCAAUGCCAUCGGCCCCAUCUCCGCCGCUCUAGCCAUCCUCGCCUCCUCUUCCUCCUCCAUCAUAUCCUCAUCCCUCGCUGCCGCUCCAGUCUCCGCCGGUGUUGCCACGCAGGUUCUCAUUUGGGGCGGUUUUGGUAUUGUAGCCGGUCUUAUCAUCUGGGGUUACCGUGUCAUUGCAACCAUCGGGAACAGGAUUACCGAGCUCACUCCGACGAGAGGCUUUGCAGCAGAAUUCUCAGCAGCUACUGUGGUGGUGGUAGCAUCUCGGCUGGGUCUCCCGAUCUCUGCCACGCACACACUCGUUGGAGCGGUGAUGGGAGUGGGCCUCGCACGUGGUAUUGGGAGUGUUAGGGGGGAUGUGGUGAAAGAGAUUGUGGCAUCGUGGCUCGUCACCAUCCCGAUUGGAGCUGCACUCUCAGUGAUCUACGCCUUUUUGUUCUUGAGAUUCGUUCCUGGGUUUAUGUAGGUUUGGAGAUGGCUUGGAUUUACCUUCUCGUUUGACCCUUUUCCAUAAGAUUGUGGGUGAAGCUGCUUGUUUGUAUAAGUAGUGGUAUUUUAGUAAUGGCCCUGGGGUUU